AUGACGGCUGAUGAUGACUCUGUUCCAGCGCAUCUGGACCCAGCUACCUAUCCGCGCACUCGCCAGGAUGCGCAACAAAACAUCCACCUAACAUUGACCUAUGCUGCACUCGAUCCAAACACCUACCUCGCGCAAACCUCCUCACCCACCGCCGGAGCCAACAUUCUAUUCCUUGGUACAACACGAGAUACCUUUGAAGGCCGGUCUGUCUCACAGCUGAGCUAUACUGCAUAUCCACCCCUCGUGUUCAAGACCCUUACGGCGAUCGCUGAAGCCGCCAUCCAGACCCACCAACUCAAGGGUGUGAGCAUUGCGCAUCGGUUGGGGGUUGUUCCUAUCGGUGAAGCCUCUAUUGCCAUUGCAGUAAGCUCGGGGCAUCGUGCUGCGGCCUGGCGGGCGGGCGAGGAGAUUUUGGAGGCCUGUAAGGAAAAAGCGGAGAUCUGGAAGAGGGAGGAGUUCGUCGACGGUGGGAUGGAGUGGAGGGCCAACGCCGAUCGCGAUGCGGAAGGAAAUUUGGUUCGACAAUAA